AAGAAACAAAACAAAAUGUCAUCAACAAGAGAGUCUGCAGAUAGAUACAUGAGAAGCUGCUUCCUCUUGAUUUCAUUUUGCUGACUGCCACUGGAUUUGUUUGUCUUUUGCCUUCAUUAAUGAAUGUUUAUUGAUUUUGGCAUCUGUUGUGCUGGGGUUUAUAUGAGCUAAUCUUCAAGUGUGUGUGUGUGUGUGCGUGUGUGCGUGUGUGUGCAGAAUCAAACAGCAGAGGGCGUAAGAAUCAUCUGCAUCCACGUAGCUCACCACUACAUGACAACAGUCUGACGGAUGUGUAACUCCGGUCUUAAAGGCGCAGUGAGGACACUUGGAACAAGAAUCUCUGUCGGACUCCCGCUCUGUCCUGAAGACAAACAAGUUUAUUUCGCCUUGAAUUAGUGAGCUGUUCCACCGAAACUGUCCGGCAUUUGAAGGUUUCACUUUGCAUUUCUCCCGGAGAGACUGCCUGGUUUCAUAAAGGGGACCGUAAUCGACCAUGGCGAGACAUGACGCCCGAAAUUGGCAUGACUGCUCAAAAAUGAUCGGACUGCUCUGCUUGGUCGCGUCGAUACUUCUCCAACACGGAGCGUCAGGUCAGCGGGUGAAGGUGGAGCCAGAGGUGUUGUCGUAUCUCGGCCAGACGGUCAACCUGCGUUGUGCCUUCUCCGACCCCACUGGGAUUCAGCUCACAAUGGUCACAUGGAUCUACGAGCCGAAGGAAGGAGAGAGGAUCAACAUUGCUGUGUUUCACCCCAGCUUUGAUCCCAGCUACCCCCAAUCACCAGUGACGGGCCGAGUCAGCUUCACGCCCAGCCCCCCAAACCUCGCCAGCCCCUCCAUCGAGAUAAGCAAUGUUGGGAUGACCGAUGAGGGGAAGUACAUCUGCGAGUACGCUACCUACCCCAGUGGCAACGAGCAAGGCAUCACGUACCUCGUCAUGCUGGCUAAGCCUCAGAACUCGGCCUCCAUCGUAGCAGCGGUAGCAGGCAAUAAGCCGGUCGUCGUGGCACGCUGCGAGUCUGUGGAUGGCCGCCCCGCUGCCAAGAUCUCCUGGGUGACCACAGCUAAUGGCAACGCGACAACGGUGGCUAAGUUGGGUACCGACAACACCGAGACCAUGAUCAGCGAGUAUCGCAUGGUUCCCACACCAGCAGACAACGGGAAGGACCUCAGCUGCGUGGUGGCCCACAGGACGCAGGUCAAACCAGAGAGCUUCCAUUUGAAGCUGGCAGUUCAAUACGCCCCUCAGGUGACAAUAGUAGGUUAUGACAAUAAUUGGUACGUGGGUCGUACAAAUGUGGCGCUCACCUGCCAGGCUUCUGGAAACCCCACUCCAACGACUAUCCAGUGGAAGACGAUGUCGGGAGAGAUGCCAGACACGGUGCAGAUCACAGACAACGUGCUGAAGGUGCUGAAGGUGGACGAUUCUGUCAACACCACUUUCGUCUGCGAGGUAAAGAACCGCAUCGGAGUCGGCAAGGACCAGGUCACCGUCAUGGUCAGAGAGCCCUCAGUGAACCCAUCCAAUGCCGGCGUGGUGGCGGGAGCUGUGAUUGGCUCCCUGCUGGCCCUCCUUUUGGUCUCCGCUCUCAUCGCCGUGCUUGUCACCCGUAGCCGCAGGCAACAGCAGGGUUACCGCGCCAAUGGAGGCAGUGACAUGAAGACGCGCAUUUUUGGAGUCGGCAAGAAGGCCAGCAAGAACGGCACGGGUGGAGGCACAGGCAGCGGCGUCGGAGGCGGAAACAACAACGGCCCCAUGUACGUUUACAACGAGAGCUCGUCCACUCAGGGCCUCGGAGAGAAAAACAACCACCAUCAGCCGCUCACCAUCGGGGGCCGGCCUGAAGUCGUUGCCACUACACCCACCGCCCAAGAUAUCCUGCUGAGCAAUGAGUUGGAUGACGCGGAAAGGAGGAAGUUUGAUGAGCUGGAGGAGGAGGAGAGGUAUGACCAUUACACCGGAGGGGCCCCCAUCCUUCAGCUUCGCCCACCGCAUGACCAGAAUGAUAUAAUUGGAGAUUAUCUCGAUGAUGACAUGGAGUCCCAGCGGGACGGCUCUGUCAUCUCACGGACUGCUGUCUACGUAUAGAGGAGGAGGAGGAGAGAAAAGGAGGAGGAGAAGAAUAAAGGAGGGGUGGAGGAUUCCUCCCGAGGACUUCGUGGCUCCAGGGUCUCGCCUCUGUCUUGAUGGAGAAGAGAAAAUGAUACCACUUUUAUUUUUGAAAAUUGAUCUUCAACAUAGCCUAUUAUUAAUCACAGUGCAGCCCCAGAAUGAACUGAGCGAACAGGAGGGUGUGGAAGGAUAUGCAGAGAGAUGCGUUUGCUAUUACCUGGUCCCCAAGAACUGAAAAUCAAACAAAGACGAGAAACAACCCGUCUCCCACGGCUUCUGCUCAUGCUAUCGCUAUCACUGGGACCUUGACAGACAGACUAAAAGAGAAAAACUAUGUAGUGUGGGAGUAUGAUAAUGGCAUCAUGAUACACGCUUGGCUAUAGAAGAUGCAACUCACUCGCAUAUUCACUCUGAUCUUCACCAAAACUGUAGAAAUGGAAGCGGUUGUCAAGCAGUUCUCCACACAUGCCUGCUUCUCUCAGUCCUCCUGCGGUUAACCUUUUGUUUCGGUGAUGCGUGGUGCUGUGACAGCUGGUGGCUAGUUAGUAGCUAGUGAUGGGUUGGGAGGAACAUAUUUUAAAGUGUACAUACAGUAGCAAUCAGGCGAUUUUUAAGGAAGAGAACAAAGUAUUUGCUAGAGUCUACCGGCUAGCUUUCAUUUCCGCUCUGCCAACGAUCAGAGACGGUAGACGCGCUUGAAUUUACGAAAUGUAAAAGGAACAUUAGGUCCUUGUGUGCUGCACAAACACAAGAGCUGCUGAAUUCAACAAAGGAAGUUUGCAGAGAGUUUGAGCUAAGUUCUUAACAAGGUAUUCACAUGCAAACCUUUGCACUGUGCCUGGUGGUAAGAGACGGUAAACAAGAGAUGAGGGAAUGAGGUGUAGCCGAUCCGACAGGGUCGUGGGACGGAGAUGGGAUGCAGGAGAAGUAGAGAGAAGCACGUCUCUUCUCUUCCUCCUCAUCCUCGUCUCUUCAGAGCGCUCCUGACAGGAGGAGCUUGAUUGGUAAUGAGCCGUGAAGUCACUCGCUUAGCCGGGACCAACAGAUUGCCACCACUUAUCGUUUAUGACGUGACGAUUCCCCCCCCCCCCCCCACCUCUAUCUCUCCAUCAUUCCUCCGUCUCUCUCCUUCCUCUCUCUUCACCCCUCUCUCCCAGUGUUUAUGGGAAGUUUAUGAUUUAUCCAGUAGUGUCGAGGUCAGGGCCACAGAGCAGCGGAGUAUUUUACUGCUCUUGAUGUGUCACACGCCCCACUUACUCUAUUCCUGCCCUGACACCCCAGGACUGACUAAUCCACCUGGACUGGCCAUGUUCACUCCACUGCACGGGCGCGACAGCCUCGUCUCACACUUUAGUAAAUGGCCGGAUGUAACGUAACCCCCCGCCCCCCCCUAAAGUAUGAUUGCGUUAAAGUAGAUAGAUUUUCAAUAAGAUCGUGUAAUAUUACUUUCCAUUAGGGAUGCUGUUAAAUGUAGUGAAUUGAUCGGGACACAUAAAAGGUUGCGUCCACAGCGAAGCUUUGGGAGUCAUAUUGACUAACGGGCAACAAGCGGUGAAAAGGCCCUUUACGAUGCAGCUUCAGGGCUGAUUGUUUCCUAACUGUUAAUUUAUCCUUCUAACGAGCCACCGGAGGUCCAGCUCAGGCAAACGUUACUCCGCGGCUAAUGCACGCUGCUGGCUUUGAGGCUCAGCGUGUUUACAAUAGCAUGUGCCACUGUAUCUAUGUAGCCACUGGAUGACUGAUGGACAAUCUUACUGUAGCUCCUCUAAUCGUGCUUUUCCUGACCUUUCUAAUCAACUCCCCCCUUGACCCUCUGGUGAGUGCAGCUCUCGAUGACUGUACCGCCCUCUUGUCAGGCCCGGCAAAAGCUCUGGGUUGCAGCUCGCUGCAGGUCAUGAGGUCAAAUGCAUUGCCCCAUUGCCGUGAGCAGCGAUGACUUUUCUUGCCUGUAUUCCCGAUCAUAGCUGUUUUAAACCUUGAGCUAUAGAGGUGAGAAACACUUGCAAACAGUACAAGUAUCUGUUUAGGGCGACACCUAGAUUGCCAUUGUGGUGGCAGGUGACCUUCAGAGAGGCUGAAAGGGAACAGGAGAGAGAAACAGGAGGCAGAUGAUGGAAACAGAGCAACUGCUUUUAGUAUUUGAAUACCAUCAAGCAUAUUGUAAGCCAGUGUGUUCAAUAGGAUUAUCGUCUAAUGGCCUCAGCUUAUAUAUAAAUGCAGCACCUGUCAACCCGGGGUACAGUAAAUGUACUGAACCCAGCUGAUUUGUCACAACCACUCAAAAUAAAAAUAAAUGUAUUACUUAUUUUUGCACAUGUGUCACCGCUACAAAGAGAAAUAAGAGCGUAAUACUGGGUUUUGGGGUCAAAAUAGCGAUACGGGACAAAACUGUUGUAUGUACAUUUUGGUGUGAGGUAUCUUGUGUAUUAUAAAUGUAAGCAUCUUUAUUUUUCUUGUGAAAAUGUGGAUAUUUAUGACGAUGUAAAUAUCAGAUCGAUGGAGCCAGUGUUGCCAGUAUCGAAAAGAAAAGUAAAGAAGGCGUCUGGGUCGGCGAAGCCUAAAGUUCAAAAGUCUCAGAGGGCAUUCAGAAUGUAAUUUAUAAUCUAAUGAAUACCUUGGUGGGUUAGGUGUUAAAACAUACUGAGCCUAAAGCCUAAGAAUCUAUUUCUACGGGGGUGGGGGCGAAAAUUAUAUAAUUGUAUAAUUUAAAAAAGUUAGCAUUGCCUACAUUUCCACAUAAUAAGCACACUGCGUUUUCUUUUGCACAAUUGGCUUCUCCCUCUCCUCUGCCAAACUCCUGCACAAUGCAGAAAUAGCCACAAUAGUUAUAAUUUAUCAGCUAGACCGAAACCACACAGGCGAUGGUGUGUGUUGACUCAGCGCUGCCUGUGUGUAUUUAUUAGUGCGUGUGUGUGUGUGCGUGUGUGUGUGUUUGUGUAGCCGUGAUCUCGCACAGCCAUCGGGGCUAUAACCUGAGUGGCCACCCUUUUUUUAUGUCACCAUGGAAAACUGGCAAACUGAAGAUAUUAUUGUGCAUUUCGAAGACACUCUCGCACACAUACUGUACAUAUACAUAACGCAGAAUGCAGAGAAACAUUCGCCCACACACAAACACCCUUCAGUCACUCUCAUUACGCUCACUCCCACAGCCAAACUGUGCAGAAGACACCUCAUACCUGACAACUCUGCCAUCGCCUGACAAAAGCCCACUCGAAAGCGCUCGCAUAGCUACACACACACACACACACACACACACACACACACACACACACACACACACACACACACACGCAAAUGAAAACACUUCUUUCUCCUAUUCUUGCUCAGUGGCUCUGUCAGGACAUAUACUGUGUCCUGUUACUGAGAGAGCCGCAGCAUGAUGUGUCCCCUGCGCCACUGCUUUCUAUUGUUCAAAUGGUCGAAUGAGCGACCAUGUAGACCAGAGACAGCUACACAUUCAGGGACACACACCUUUCACCCAGUGUUGGAGAAACGGGCUUUUUAGGAGACCGUUUGUCCGUUCCACUUUUGUUCCACACGGGAAUAUAGCUUUCAUAAAAAUGCCACUGUGCUGACCCGCUCCACCUCCCGGAUUCCUUUGAAUGCUCUUAGAGUUGCAACUUCCUACUCGCCUCCAAAAUGUUGUUUUCGACUUCUCUCACUUCAGCCACCUCCGCGACCGCCUCCACAAACACACACACUGAUGCUACCCACCUCAGCACCCAAGUAAGGCAUGUCAGACAAAAUGCUUUUAGAGAAAUCCACGAUCUUGGCCCGGGUCUAGCACAAGGUUAGUUUGUCAAAACACCCGGUACAUACUGUUGCUUUUCUUUGGCUCCAAACAUCUGAUGACUAAUCAAAGCCUUAACAUCUCACUUGCAUAAAAGAAGGAAUAAAAAAAAAAGAGAACUUCCCUGUGUACAUAGUAUAAAUAUAUAAAUAUGUAGCAGAGAAAAAGAUAUUACUAAUUUAUGGUGUCACGUUUGUGUAUUUCUCAGUGACGGCAAGCAUGAAGGAUUUAUUUUCUCCUAUUACAGUUUCCCCUCUCUUCUGUUAUUUUGCAGUGCUUUAUAAUUUAUGUUUUCUGAGUGCUUUAUUCUUGACUGCUGCGCUGUGAUUGCUGCCAAAAACUGGCAAACUGUGCUUCUAUACAAAUGAAUUGUACACACAACAAAACACGUCGUACCCAAAAUGUGCUUUUUAUUAUUGACUGCUAUAUGUAACUGUUGUUUUUUUUUGUACUUCUUUUUUUAUUUCAAAUUAUUUUUUUGUUCUUUUGAAAAAAACAAAAAACAAAAACAAACUGAAAUUAGAGUUGUUGUCAACAUUUUGUCAUGUCUUUCUAUAUUUCUUUCGUAUUUGGUUGCUAUUAAAGAUUUCUUGAUUUUUGAACUGUG